AUGGGAAAACAAAACAAGCAAGAUCAAAGUGCACAAAAAGAAAUGAAUGAUUAUGAGAAGAUUAGACUUUUGAGGAUUCAAGAAAACCAAGCCAGACUAAAAGAUUUAGGAGUUAAAAGCAUUGCAAAUUCUUUGACAAGUUUGGUAGAAAGUCAAAAACCAAAGAAAAAACAAGUGAAACCAACGUCUACCAGUGCUAGAGAUUCAGACUAUAUUCCUGAUGUGGGUGAUGAUAAUGAUGGAGAUUACCAAGAAGUUGCUAGAAGUGUUGAAGUAUCCAAAAAGCAACAUCGUCCACAAUAUAUUGCACCAAUGUCCAUGAAUAGACUUGCUAAUUUAACAAGCCAACGUCGGGUGAUUGCUCCAAAUGUCUUGAAUAAGUAUCCAUUAGCUUCGAAUGCAACAAAAGAAAAACAAUCUAGAUCAAAGACUAGUAUGGGUGACUUAAUCUUGAGGAAUAAAGGACCGCAAAGGGGAAGGGAUGUAUUCAAACAAAAUGCGGAAAAGCAUAAUUGUAUCAGAAGCGGACCAAAGAGAGAAUUGGCUCUUGUUGAUGAGGAUGAGGAUGAUGAGAUAUCUCAAGCUGAUAUGGAGCAAUUUGGGUUGAAAGAUGAUGUCAAUAAAGGUCGUAUUGUGCAAUGUGAAGAAGAUGAUGUUGAUCAAAAUGAUGACUAUGAAGACAUGGACCAUAUGACAUAUGCAAAUAUUGAAAAUGAGAUUGAAGUUGAUGAUAGCGAUGAAGAUUUGGGAAAUGAGGAUGAUGGAAAAUACGAUGUGCCCGAUGAUGCUAAAACUUGGGUUCUUAGGACAAUUGGAAAUUUGUAUAAGGUAUACAAAUGUAGGUUCAAGAAAAAACACUUCUAUCAAUUUAAGGACAAUAAAACAAGAUGGAAGAAUCGACCUGAAUGCAUUCCUCAAGAAGAGUUCUCAAAACUAUUAGUGUUAUGGAAUAAAAAAGAUGUGGCGAAACGUUGUUUGUGGGCAAAAGAAAUACGCAAGUCUCUAAAAAAUAUGCACACGGCUGGUCCAAAAAGUUUUGCUAGAAUUCGUGACGAGAUGAAAAAUGAAGAUCCAAACAAGGAAUUCCCAACUCUAAGUCAAAUGUUUGAACGUACACGUAAAAGGACAGAUGGGCGUGUAUAUGUCGAUACAUAUGAUGACAUGGCAAAUAAAAUUGAACAAAUGAAGAAGUACGAACAUGUAGAAGGUGAAAGUGAUGUCGUAGAUCCUUAUAUGAUUGUGAUGAAAAAAGAGAAUGAUGGAUACCGGCGACUUUAUGGUAGAGGCGUUACUAAUAGAUUGAUAAAAAAAGUGGGUGGUGGUGAUGCAUCAUAUAUGAUUCCGGCGGGACUUAUGGAAUCAUUCAAAGCAAAUGAAGUUGAAAGAAAUGAGUUGAUUGAAAUGCGGAAAGAGAUUCAAGAGGACCAUGAAAAAAAACAGGCCGAAUUAGAAGCUAUGCGAAUAGAAAUUAAAAACCAACAACAAAACCUUGAAGCCAUGAUGCGAAAGUUAGCGGAACAACAACGUCGAGAAGGUCGAUAG